GCCAAGAUAUCCCGCAGUUGGGGGGAUUGAUGCGAACUGUUCCUUCCGCCAUUCAAACCAUUCAACGAUCGCAUGCAUACGAUGAACAUACCUUGAACACUCCUCUCCAGUCUCUUCGUCGGUUCUUUCCUCAUCGGUUUCUUCCUUCUGGCAUACGAUUGCUUCAUCUCGGACCCAUGGAUCAUCUCCUGUAGCCUUUAGCACAUCAUCUAUUUUCCACUUACUUGGAAAUAUAUAUCCCCCACUUCAUGCUAAUGAAUUUCAGUAUAUAUAGCCUGCUCUGCAUGAGAUGCCGUAAGCUCAGACCUUGGAGAUAAGAUAACGCGUGGAUCAUUUCAUCUUAUCUUCUCCGUUCACUUGCUUUGAGGCUUUGACCACUCGGUAAACUCACCUCGUUCCUUUCGACCGUAUGGCUUCCAGUGUGAGGCGUCCGCAAGCGGUAUCCAGUCUCACACCUCAUGCGAAACCCGUUAUCUCGUUGGAGGAGUGGGAAUCUAAGGCGCCGCUAAGCGAAAUCGAGACACGAAGCGUGAACCUUGUAAAGGCGGCCAACAUAAAACAAGAGUGUGGACUGAUAUAUUGUCAAGUUCAGUGUAGAUGAUCCAAAUAGCCCAUCACGACCUUCAUCCCCCGCCUUCCGCAACAAACUACAUCCAAUCUCCCGACCUUCAACGCCGAACUCAUUAGGACCGCACCGAGCAACGACAAGCCAUGCUCUUCAUCCGAAACAUCCCAUUCAGACGCCUCAGCAAUUCUAUGACUGGUUUGCAUUGAUUGACCGCUCGGUCGCUCAUAGUCAAGAAGGGCAUUUCCGGGGACAUUUGGCUAAUGUUGCUGAUCAUUUGGAGAUGUGUGACAGGUUGGUCGGUAGGAUCGACGAAGUCGACUCAGAGUUAGAAAGUAUGCUGCAAGGGUGGAAGAGUGUAGAGGACGGAGGGAAAAGCUUAAAGGAUGCUUGUGAACAGUUACUUGAGGAACGGGACAAAUUGUUGCAGAUGACUGAAGCUAUUGGCGAGCGGUUGGAGUACUUCCAGGAAUUGGAGCAUGCAACUCGAAUGCUUAACCAUCCUGGCGAGUCCCUGGUUCUCCAAACCGAUUUUUUGUACAUGGUUGAACGUGUGGAUAUCUGUAUCGACUACCUCAAGGCGCAUCGGCACUUCCGAGAAGCAGAGAUAUACCUUCUUCGAUUCCAACAGUGUCUUACGCGGGCCAUGACCUUGAUCAAGAUGUACUUCGUAGGCUCUCUCAGAGCUUUAACUGCCGACGUUUCGAAGCGGUUGUCAGAAAAGGAUGUGUCGUCAACGGCACAGGCGCACUUACUCUACACUCGUUUCAUGACUGUCUCAAGUCAGCUAGCACCGCUUCUGGCAGAGUUGGAACGACGGGCAGCUGCACAUCCGGAAGAGUUGUCGGCAUUGCUUGCAGAAUGUCAUACAGCGUAUUUCGCGGCGAGGAAAAGUCUCCUAGUGAGCCGGCUCGUUGAAGAGAUCAAGGGUCUUGAUCCUGUCCGGACAGAGUUGGUUGAAUUGACAAGAGCAGGGUGCAGUUAUCUCAAACAGCUCUGCACAGACGAGUUCAACCUAUUUCGUGCAUUUUUCAACAGUGGAGAAGACCAGCUCUAUCAAUACCUUGAAAACCUUUGCGACUACCUCUACGAUGAUCUUCGUCCCCGCAUCCUCCAUGAGCCCCGUCUGACAGCGCUCUGCGAAGUCUGUACGGUCCUUCAAGCCCUUAUGGUCCUUGAUGUCCCUUCCAUUCCUGACAGCGCUUCUGAGUCGGAAGAGGAGGAUGAACUCUCUGUUGACUUGGACCGUCCGGCAACAAGGGGUCUUCGGACAUUGCACAUUAGCCAUCUGUUGCAAAUGGUGCUGCAGGAUGCCCAGACGAGGUUGUUCUUCAAAGCUCAAUCAGUCAUUCAGAGCGAUAUCAGGUAUUAUGUACCUAAAGCGGAAGAUUUGGCGUAUCCUGAGAAACUCGUUGCUGCCCGGAAACCUGUGUCUGGCUUCGAAAUCAAGGAGAAAGAGAGCGUGAGUCAGCUGUUCCAGCUCAAGUCUCUCGAUAAGCGGGAUACGUGGUAUCCAACUCUAGAGAAGACUGUAUGGGUUCUCUCUCAGCUUCAUGACUUCGUCAACCCUGCCAUAUUUGACGACAUCGCUCAAGAGGCUGUUAACCUAUGUCGGCAAUCCCUCGUGUCUGCGUCAGAAAACCUGAAGGCGAAGAAUCCUCAGUCAAAGCUGGACGGUCAACUGUUUCUCGUACGACAUCUCUUGAUAUUGAAGGAGAUGACGUCAAACUUGGACUUCGCACAAAAUGAUACUAAACGAAAAGUAGAUCUAACUGGGGUGACUGAUACCCUUGCCUCAAUGCUUGGGAAGACGACUUCGCUAUUACCGAAUGCGCUAUUUGCGUCUCUAGGCAUGCCAAGAGAUGAAAACUUAACCGAUGUCAAACAUGGCAUCGACCACGAUCUCAAACAGGCGUGCGAGGACGUUAUCACUUCAUGUGCCGAUACCGUCUGUAAUCCCCUACGAUUAUGGUUAGACCGAGUGACUACAUUCAGAGCGUUGUCAAAGCAGCCACUCGAGUCGCAAGAGUGGGCUAGUCCAAGUGCGGUACAAGACGUCCUCAAGUCCAUGCAAGAAGCAUGUCAGCGCGACCUGCGUGCGGCAGUCGCACGGCUGAGAUUAUACCUUGAAGACGACCGGACCGUAAACGUUCUAUUGAAGCACGUUCAAGAUCGGAUCGUGGAUGAGUAUGCCGAGUUCCGACAGGUUAUUGCGAAGGAGUAUGGAGGCAGGUUGAACAACGAACUCUGGAGUGAUGAAGGCUUGAGAAUCGUCCUUCACGAUGUAUGCGAGCCUCAUGAUGUUCGCAAUGGCGUUCCUGGCCCCUCGUGAGGUUGCUAGGACUGUUGUGUAGAUGUGUUGCUACGGGGAGUUAUUUAUUCGUUGCCAGGGCAUGGACUGUCGGCGUUGUGGUGUUUCUCUUGUUUUCCGUCCUAUAUAGUUUAUAGCUUUGUUCCUUACUGCACGUAGGAAAAUAGACCCGAGUGCUCCUGAUUGCUUGUACUUUGAUGAACAUGAGCAUCCCUGCAUCC